GUUGGCGAGACUCUACAGAUUGUGCUUGCCUCGACACUGAAUCUCGACGGCACCAAAGAGGAUGUAAGCAAGGGAUGGAGGGAAAAGGGUUCCGAGGAAAAUUCGCUGGCGGAUAUGUUUGAUUACGUUUGUUGGGGCAAGGUGUAUAGGUUUGAGGAGGGUGAGGGAGAGAAUAUUAAGGUCUAUGUCUCCUUUGGCGGACUGCUGCUUUACCUCGAGGGCCCUUACAAGAAGCUCACUCCUCUGCGCAUCGACUACAUCUACCUCUUGAUCAAGAAA